CGCUGUGUAUGUUUUGUUACUUGAAGAGUACUUGUAUAAGCUAUCGUAUAGUUUAGAAUUAUAUAUGUAUGAGUAUAAGAUAACGAACAGUUUUAAAACUUUUUUAAAGUGAUAUUUCAUUGAGAAUAAUGGAAUCAAAAAACGAUGUUUACGUGAUAUCGCUGGACGCGUUGGAUAUAAAUCUAUUGCCAACAAGUUACAAUCACGCUCAUGAGAAGGUCGUUCCGCUUUGGACUAAAAGCAACUUGGAUUUGAGAAAUAAUGAAUAUUACGAAUUUGUUAUUAAAACAAACGAACAUUUGCAACCAAUGGAUAAAAAAAACAUUGUGAUCGAAUCAGUAACAUGUCAUAUUUGUGACUUGGAUGUGCCAACAGUAUAUAUGAACGAACAUACGAAGAGUUUCAAACACAGAUUCAAUAUAAAAAUAGCAGAUGUCGCUUUAAAGCGCCUCCAAUUAUACAUGACAAGACAUGACAGUACCGAUUCAAUAAAUAACGAAAGAAAUCCGUCCACGUAUUAUUGUCUCGAAUGUUCCGUGAUCGUUGAUCGUCAAGAUGAAAUUUCUCACAAGAAAUCAGUACCACAUAAAAAUUCAGUUGUAUUCGAAAGGUUCUUGAGCGAUUUCCUCCAUUUGUAUACGAAUGACGAUAAACUUGACGUAACAGAUACGCAAGAUAUAAAAACGGACAUAAAAGUUGAAACAGAUAAUGAAUUUAAAGUCGUUACAAAUUAUUCACCAAAAACGUCAGCAAAACAAUUAGAUGAUAAAGAAAUUAAAAAUGUUCAGCCGGUCACUACAGCUGAUAACAUAAAAUGUAAAAUAAAUUUGAAAGAUUAUUUGACGUUGUUAAACAAUAAGUUUAAUACGAAACCGAUGUUUUUCAAAGGAAACUGUGAUUACGUCGAAAUUGAAGCUAUCGACGGCAGUGUAGUUAAAGUUUGUGAAGAAAAUUUUCACGCGUUAAAGAAACUUGGUAAGAAAUUCAUCCAGUGUAUGUUAUGCAAAUAUAUUUUCGAUGUGACAUCUUUUAAUGAGCAUAUAUUGAGCGAUGGUCAUACGAAGAUGGUGAGCCUACCGUUGAAAGACAAGCAUUGUAUUCGAGAGGUUACUGAUUCGUGUAGACACUGUUUGGUAUGUAAUAUGAUCAUUGAAAAUAGCGAUGUACACUUAUUAUGUAACACAGAACACCAUGACAAUUUGAAACUCUUAUUAAUAACCGAUAAAUUAAAUGAAAGUGAUGACAAUUGCAACAAAAACGGCUAUUUAAACGUAAAAGAAAAAAAUAUCGAACCAAAUUUUUUGUACAGUGAUUCUUUAAAAGGCAACACUCAAAAUAUAUCGCGAGCAGAUGAUUUAAUAGUUCCCUAUAACGAAACUAAUGUUAAUAAAAUAAACGAUGCUAAAACAAACGACAGACCGAGUAAUGAUAUACUCGGAAAACAUUUUUGCUACGAAUGCAACGUAUCGAUAAGUAAAAGGAAAAUUAAAAAACACAAAAACACAAUGAAACACAUACUAAAUACUAUGUCUGAUAAGCAUUAUUUACUCAAAAUUGUAAACGUAAACGUAUUUCAGUGUAAAAUAUGCGGAGUUGACGUCAAAAAUCACUUUGUUGAUAUAGAAAAACACUUCAGCGAUACGAAACACGUUUACAAUUACAAUAAGCUUUUAAAUAUAAACAAUAUGGAAAUGAAAGAUAAAAUGACAUUUUACUGUAGCAAUUGUGACGCGUAUAUCUUGUUUAAAAACGAGUAUUUACACAUAGAAUCGAAAGACCACAAACUUCUAUCGAAUAUCGAUGCAGAAGCAAAGAUUGGUACGGUCGAUGAAAUAAAUGAAACGGUUGGUGCAAACAAUGUAACAGUUGAUGCAAAUGUCUGCAAUACGGUCAAACCAGCUGCAAAUGUUUGUAAAAAUGUCGAACCAUUAAAAAACGUUACUGGAAUUAUUGAACCAGUCACAAAUAGUAUAAAUAAACCAAGUGAAAAUAAUCGGGUGGCUGUCGAACCAGACACAGAAAGUAAAGUUAAAAUUGAACUGAAAGAAAAAUCUGAUCCAAAUUACUAUUAUUGUCGCAUUUGUAAAGUUAAAGUCCCCAAUAAUUGUAAUAAUAUAAAAAUGCACAACACGGGUAGACCUCAUAUGAAGAAUUUGGAGAAAUUAGGAAUCGAUGUAAAAAAUGGAGAAAAUAUAAGUAAUGAACCGGAACCAAUACAUCAUCUAUUAGCCAAAACUAAAACUAUAGGCGUUCUCGUGUGUAAAAUAUGCAAUGUGGAAUUGUCUAAGAGUGAUGCGAAUAUCAAAACGCACCUCGAAGGCGCCAGUCAUAUGGUUAAAUAUGAAACGUUUUUACAAGAAAAUAGAUUAAUCGUUUCUACUGACAAUAUUUACUGUGCAGUGUGCUUCGAUCAUGUCGGUAAUCAGUGUGAGAUGUCGCACUGUAACAGUAAAAAACAUAUUUUAAGUUUAAAGGCGUAAUUAUAUCGUAAAUCUCACGACCCCGCGUGUAUGCAAUAUACUUAUAAAACUUAAAUUAAAAGUUUAAUAAAGCCCCGACACAAUAACUACCCCCUCCCUCUUCAUACCUCUUCAGUUUUUUAAUACACAAAUCAAAUCCUUUCAUUUGAUACCCCACUUGGAUAUAUUCUCUUACUAUCGUUUACUCAUCCCCUUUUCCAUCCCCUAUAACUAUUAAACAGCUGAAUCAAUUUUCUUCAAACAUAACCUAAAACACUUUCGACUUAGAAAUCUUUCAAACUAAAGCAACUAAAUGAAAAUCGGUUCAUCCGUUCGAGAGCUAAAAGAGCUCAAACAGAGAUACAGACACACACGUCAGACUUACAACACCCCUCGUUUUGCGUCGGGGUUUAAAAAAUGGUAAGUUUCCUAUUCACGUCGCCAUAUAUAGAUGAACUUGCUACCGGUCCCGCACGGCUCUAAAUAACAUUUUUUUUUUACUAUUAAUAGGCCAGCGUUUGACCGUUGACUUGCCUGAUGUUAAGCAUCGGCACGGUCUAAGAUGUAGCAUGCUUGCCUAUAAGAAACCUGUUCACUCUGGAUUUGAAGACACCAACAUUGUACCUAUCGGAAAAUACGGACUCAGGCAAAGCAUUCCAAAGUUUCGCAGUGCGAAUGAUGAAUGUAGUAGACUCAAAGCGCUUCGUACGUAGGCGUCGAAAUUCCACUGUGAAAAACAUUUAUGUACAUAUAUCGUAAAACAUUUAAAUAUUGUUUUAACCAUCGCCCGGUAGCAAUGCCAAGAUUAAGUCCUCAAGAAUCACUCGAACCAAACCGUAUGAAAAUUCGUAGUAUAUAAGUGUAUCGUGGACAGACGCGGCGAUGAACUUUGUUUUGUAAUAUGUGAUACGGUUGCGUUAAUUAUAAAUAAUAUAAUAAUCGGAUAUAUUUAAAAGAAAUCUUUUUAUUUUCUGACAAUCUUUAUAAAGUUAAUAUUAAUUAAUAUUAAAUUAAUAAUAUAACUUAGUCAAAUGAUUACUUUAAAAAAAAAGUAAAAAAAAAAAUACCAAUUAUACUUUUAAUUUCUAUAGCAAAUAUAAAUUACGACCCACCAUUAUUUUCUGAAUGGCCAGUACCGAAAUUUUCUCGAACCAUUCACUGAUUUCAUGAUGAAAUCACAAAGUCGUUCCUAUUCAUUUUAUUUAAGUAUGUAUAAUACUUCAAUACGUGUGUGAUAUCACUGAACUACAAAAGGAUUGAAUAAUUUUAGAAGAAAAAAAAAGAUUGUCGUCGUUUGCGUGGAUUCCCGGAUGGUUUAAAUUGGAUGCUUGACGCGAUCCAUCUCCAGUUUUUUUUUUUAAGAAAAUAAUAAAUUCAAUAAUAUAUUUCACACGUACGCAGUCAGGGCUAAAGCCGGUAAUAUUAUAAUGAAAUGAACAAUUCUAUUUAUUCAUUUCGCUUGUUUCGGAAACGGCUCUAGCGAUUGUGUUUAUUUCUUAUUUGUCUGCGCUUAUUAGUCUAAUUAAAGCGGGCUUCUAAAGCGCAAGCUACAAUUAACGUGUGCGCCGUGGUUUUUUGUUUUGUGGUUGGCCCACAUUGGCACUAGUGUUUGAAAGUCAUGAAAUGAUAAAAAAGUAUUAAAAUAUACGCGAUAAAUCCGUUCAUAGUUGGUUAAUUUUAUUUGUAAUAAUCCCGAAACCUAAGAAGUCAUUAUCUAAAUAUUUUUAUGUUUGUGGUCCGCGACACAUUGGGCAACAAGCCCCCUAUAAAAAAAAAUUUGAGGGUCGCUGUUAUAUGGCCUUUUCCGAAACGCGCCUUGUCUUCUGGUAUAAGUUUUGUUUAUUGUUUCAAUAGUUUUUAGGAAUUGCAAGUAAACGUCACAUUUAUUAUUUAAUUAUUUGUCGUCAUCAAAGAAUAGAUUUUAUUUUUUAAAUAUAGAUUAUAAUUAUGUAAUUUAUAAAUUCAAACGAAGAUGUUGCAUAAAAUGUGAACUUUUUUUUUAAAUAAAUAUUGUUACGAGGAUAAAGUAUAAUUUUUAUGGAGCUUGUUUUGUUAUCAAUUGAAAUAAAUAAAGAUAAUUUAAUAUU